AUGUCUGUAUGGCCACAAUGUCCUCCUCAAUCGUUAAGGAUCCCAAAUCGUUCCUCUGAAAACGAAGGGUUACAGUUAGAUGAUAACCAUAUAAUUAAGACAAUCCCAUUGAUCCAAUCUAACCUAGUGAUAAUGUUGACCCCAGCAAGAGUAUUGGUCUAUAAUAUGAAACCAUUUGCAUUAGUAUCCUCUCAUGAACGUAGUAUUAGUUCCUUACAAGAAUUUGGUGAAAAUGUGACUGUGAAGCCAUCUAUUCAAUUUGAGAAACCAAUCGCAGGGUUAUUUUCUGAAAGAGAAAGAGAUUCUCUAGUUUGGUUUCAAGGUAAAAUCGUAUUUUAUGUUCAAACUAGUAAUAAUUAUCUUUUAACUUACCAAAUUUUGAAAAAUUCGACUCCAUUUAAUAUUUUUACAGAUUAUGGUGUCACUGCAUAUAAUCCAAAUAAAUUUAAAGGCAAAUUAGAACAAGAUUAUGAUUAUAAUUUAGAUGAUGAAGAUACAUUAACAGUGUUUGAAAAAGGGAAAAGUUCAAAAGUUAUACAAGAUGGAUACCCUGCAUCAAAGGAUAAAAGUAUAAUUAAACAAAUCUUAAAUACAAACCCAGAGAAUGUGACAGAAUUACCAAUUAAAAAAGUUGAAUUAAGAUUAAAGAUUGUGUUAAAAUUUGAUUCUAAUAUAAUUGACGUUUUAGGCUUUAAAAAAUAUACUAAUGUUGGUGAUGGAACCAUUGAAGAACAUUUAUUAAUUUUAUUCCCUCACGGAUUACAGUUAUUAAGUCUUGUAGAUUUUAAAUUAAGGAAGAGUUCUUUAAUUAAAGUAGAACAUGGUAAAUGUAUCACAGUAUGUGAUGGAAACGUUAUAGUCAUUGGUGAAUAUCCAGAUACACAAAUUCCAAUUAUUAAUACAAUUGAUAUGAAGGAUCUAGAUGUGAAAUCCUUUGCAAUAACACAACAAAAAAAUUUAAUUACAUCUUUCGAUAUGAAUGGAAACUUGGCACUUGUUUUUGAAAAUAAAAUUGUUCAUUUUAAUUUAGAAAUUAAACAAAUUGAAUAUGAAUAUUCAUUACUUACUCCAAUCAAAAUUUGUAAAAAAUUGAGUGAUGAUUUAAUUAUUACAUUAACAAACACAAAUAUCCUUCAAAUUUUCUCUAGAUUUGGUAAUUUAUUAUUUUCUACAGAGUAUGAUGAGGAUGAUACUCGUAGUUUUCCUAUCUUUAAAUAUACCGAUGUGAUACAUUUCGAUUUAACUUUAUUAACAACUACUGAGACAGGUGAAUAUCAAUUAUGGCCCCUAUACGAAUUAAAUAAUGGGUCAUUUACAAAUUUCCGUAUCUGCAAGACACACAUCUUCAAUAAUAACAGUAAUGAGAUUGUGCUCUAUUCCCCAUCUAAUGACAGACCUACAAACAUCGAUGUAUUUCCAACUAUUAAAUUACCAACAGAGACCAUCAAUAAUUGUAUUAGUAAUAUAUGUGUCAAUGAAAACCAAAAACUAUUGGCAGUUCAUAUUGCAAAUAAGGAUUUAUUAUUAAUUCAAAAUAUGGAAACUAACACAUGGACUAGAUAUGAAGAAUUGUUGAUCAUUGAUAUGCAAUGGUUAGGUACAUCUUAUUUAGUGUGUCAUAUUAGAACAGAUGAUGAUUUAAAUAUGGUCAUCUGUAGUAGAAUUCCAAUGCAAGAAGCUACACCUAAACCUUUCUCUGAAUAUAUUAUUUGGCAGUAUGAAAUACCUGAGACUACACAGGUCUUCAAUGUUAUUAUAAAUACCAUAUCUAAAUAUAGGUUAUUGAAGAUGAGACAUAAAGGUGAAUCUAAGGUCAUUAACAAUAGUGAGUUAAUUUAUAAGACAGGGGAAAUUAUUGUUGUGACCAAUACCGGAUUUAUUGUAUUUGAUAUAAUUUCAAAUAUUGAAGUUGGUGGGCUAAAUAUAGUGAAAAAUAUUUAUGAAGUUGGUAAGAUUCAUAUGAUUGAUUUGGAGUUUUUAAGUGAGAUUGGAUGGUUAGCAAGUUAUAAGGAUGGUUAUUUGAUCCAAUGUAAGGAUAAAAUGUUCAAGAUGGAAAAGAAUGAUCAAAGAGAAUCUUGGAAAACUGAAAAUAUAUUAAAUGGUAUUGAAAGAAUUAUUGAUGUCAUUAAAGAAGAAAUAUAUUUAGUUCAAAAAAAAGAUAUGAUUGCAUAUCGGUUUGAAGAUCUAUGGGAUAGUCGGGAACCAAUAGUUAGAAUACCAAUUGAAGAAGAAUUAUACCCAAUGUCUGUCACUCCCGAUACUGCUUCUUUCCGUUCAUUGAAAUGUGUAUUUAAUAAAGAGUUGGCCAAAAUGGUUGUGAAAUAUGAAAUAUAUUUAGAUAAAUUAAUCAUAACUAAAUUACAAACACCAAAUGUCGAUCUAGAAUCAAUUACAAAGAAUUAUUAUCCGUUAAAACAUUAUAAAUUUACACUAGAAAAGAUACUUUCAUUGAAAGUGAUUAAUCAAGAGGAUUUAACAGAUAUUAUAACAUUAGUAAAACUUUGUCAUGACCCAAAUUUACCAACGACAGAUUUACAAAGCGUAGAUAUGUUAGAGAUCGUUAGUAACUGUUUAAGAAAAAUUGAAGUCAAAUAUUGGAAACAGUUAUUCAUUAAUUUAGAUAUGACUCCCAGAGAUUUAUUAGCACUAUGCAUUGAAUGCAAUGAAACUAGAGUGUUAGGUAUAUUAUUAUUAGUAUUUUUAAACUAUAACGAUGAAGGAGAAGAAAGUGAGGGCCAAUUAAUGCAAGAUUUAGCACAAGAUGCCGAUAUUACUCAAACUCAAAUGGAUUCAAUACCGAACAUUUUAAAGGAUCAAGAGAUGAUGUUACAUAUCUUGAAAAUUUUAGUCACAGGGGCAGCUAGCACCAGGGAACGUAAGAAGGCCUCAGAUAGUUGGGACAUGUGUUUCCAACUAAUCCGUAUCUUGAAGGCUCUUGAUAAAGAAAAUAACACGGACUUAGUGAAUAGAGCUAUGGAAAUGCUAUAA